ACACACACACAUGCUUGCACACUCGCACACACACACGUUGCACGACACACACCUUUCGGCUGGUCUGACCCACAGGAGGACAGGCAGGGAAACCUUCUCAGGCACAGCACAGGACGGAGACUGCGGUGCACUUGUUAUCACAACACAGGUGAUUGAAACUGGAAACCUGGACUUGUGGUCGUGCAAGGAGUCACCUCCCCUUUACAGGAGACUUCAAAUCCAGAGCUACACGAUUGCUUCUGUGCCAACGCAGAGUGGAGAUUUAGGGUUUGGGCGGGAGUCCAGCUCCUCCACCAGCACUGCUCGGAAGUAACAACGGAAUUCCAAAAAAAGGGCUCCGUUUACACAGACUUUUUUUUUUUUACCCUGCUACCUCUGUAAAAACCUUACCUCGUUCUUCUUCUUCACCGUCCUGGCCACGUGUUUGAGUUCUCACUCCUGUUAUUUGGACCCACGUCGACUCAUCUCAAUAUGAACUCCUCCAACUCCAUCACGUCGCUGUUCUCUUUCACGAGCCCGGCCGUGAAGCGCCUGUUGGGCUGGAAGCAAGGUGAUGAAGAGGAGAAGUGGGCGGAGAAGGCCGUGGACUCUCUGGUGAAGAAGCUGAAGAAGAAGAAGGGGGCAAUGGAGGAGCUGGAGAGGGCGCUCAGCUGCCCGGGACAGCCCAGCAAGUGCGUUACGAUUCCUCGGUCACUGGACGGGAGGCUGCAGGUGUCACACAGAAAGGGUUUGCCCCACGUCAUCUACUGCAGAGUCUGGCGCUGGCCCGACCUGCAGUCCCACCACGAGCUCAAAGCCCUGGAGUGCUGCGAGUUCCCCUUCGGCUCCAAGCAGAAGGACAUCUGCGUCAACCCGUACCACUACAGGCGCGUGGAGACACCUGUGCUGCCACCGGUUCUGGUCCCACGCCACAGCGAGUUUAACCCUCAGCACAGUUUACUGGCAAAGUUCAGGAACGCCUCUUUGCACAACGAGCCUCUGAUGCCCCAGAAUGCCACUUACCCGGACUCCUUUCCUCCGCUGCCCUGCUCCACCUUCUCCUCCUCCACCACCACCUCGUCCUCGCUCGCCCAGUCUCCCGCCUCACAGAGUUACCCCAGCUCCCCCAACAGCUCGACAGAACCUGGCAGUCCGUAUCACAUCACAGCAGAGACUCCUCCACCUCCGUACAGCAUGAUGGAGACGAGCCCUCCAGAGGAUGUGAAGCCCAACAACUCCACAGCAACCACUAAACUUAUGUUUUCCGCCCCACACACAGAUUUACGGCCCGUGUGCUACGAGGAGCCGGAGUACUGGUGUUCCAUCGCGUACUACGAGCUCAACAACCGCGUGGGCGAGACCUUCCACGCGUCAUCGCGCAGCGUCCUGGUGGACGGCUUCACGGACCCGUCCAACAACAAGAACCGCUUCUGCCUCGGCCUGCUGUCCAACGUCAACCGCAACUCGACCAUCGAACACACACGCAGGCACAUAGGCAAAGGUUUACACCUGUACUACGUAGGCGGCGAGGUGUACGCCGAGUGUCUGAGCGACAGCAGCAUCUUCGUCCAGAGCCGCAACUGUAACUUCCAACACGGCUUCCACCCCACCACCGUGUGUAAGAUCCCCAGCGGCUGCAGCCUGAAGAUCUUCAACAACCAGCUGUUUGCGCAGCUCCUCGCGCAGUCUGUCAAUCACGGCUUCGAGGUCGUCUACGAGCUCACGAAGAUGUGCACCAUUCGGAUGAGCUUCGUCAAGGGCUGGGGCGCCGAAUACCAUCGUCAAGACGUAACCAGCACCCCCUGCUGGAUCGAGGUGCAUCUGCACGGGCCCCUGCAGUGGCUCGACAAGGUCCUCACACAGAUGGGCUCCCCACACAAUCCCAUUUCCUCGGUGUCCUAACACGAAAACACUUGCACACUUUUCGAAAGUGUGUACUCCUGGUCCUCAACACAGGUAGUCGUAGAUUCUGUACGCUCUUCUAUGUCCGGGUUUUCAGUCCCUACUGUCCUCCUCUUGACAUCUCACACUAAAUAAGGGGGGGAUAUCAGUUACGGCUUCAUCAUAUCGUGCAGCAGAACUGAAAUUGAUUUACGUUAUUUACAAAUCAAUGUUCUUUAAUUUCAGUAUAAGAACAUUUAACUUCUCCCUGUGUUCACUCCACUCCAAGACAUGAAGAAUUUGGGAUAUGUAGGUACUCAAGAUUGUGUAUUAUGAAUGUUAUUGCUGUUGUAUGCAUUUCCUGAUGUUUUACUGAAUGUACUAGUUGCUUUUUUUCUUCAUUCCAUUAAAGUGUUUUUUUCUUUAA